AUGCUGUCUCUACUUGUUUUAUGUCUCAUUACCUAUUCGUACACUGAAUCUUAUCUAUUGCGAUGUGAUUUUGAAACACCCUGUACGAACUUUACAACCGACCAAAAUUGGGGUCUUACCGAUGGUUUUCAUCCUCGUCCAAUCGAUCAUGAUCAUACUUUGAAUAACAAAUCAGGCCAUUAUCUAUUCUAUAGUCCAAUAAGUGAAGCAAGAUUUCAGUUGGCUGAAAUCAAAACAACUGACUGGUUAACAGCACCGACUGAUCGAGCUAUUUGUUUUCAAAUGUGGUAUUACACACCUCGACUUAGCCUACCUUUUAGCAUUCAACUAGUGCAGGGUGAUGAUGAACUUCUGACACGCGUGAUUGCUUCCAUUCCCGGCAAAGAUCCAUCCGUCAACGAUUGGACACAAAUCAAUCUUUUGUUACCUGCUGAGAAGAUCAAAAUUUAUGUACGAUUAAAUGUUUCAGUUGGGCCUUUGGCAUUUGAUGAUUUUACUGUUGACUAUUGUGAUAAACCUCGUCCUUCGCCACCUGAUACAUUGCUUGCCUGUGAUUUCGAAUCAUAUUGUACAGACAAGUUCAUAUCAUUACCUGAAUACAUCUAUCAAUGGUCAGUCAUUGAAGCCGAUGAUGCAGUGAAACAACAACGUCAAGCUCCACCAAUUGAUUAUACAUUUGGUAAUGGAUCAGGACACUAUGUAUGGCUGAAGAAUUCGACCUACAUCCAACCAGGCAAUGUUGCUUAUUUAGCAACACGAUCAUCUUUAAAUUUAACGAGCAAUCAAACAUACUGUCUUAACUUCCAAUACUAUGGAUAUGCAAGAAAUUGGUACAAAACCAAUCUGAAAAUCUAUUCAAUGAUAAGUAAUGAGACUCCCGUCGUACAAAUGUUGUGGCCCACAUAUAGAUCAGGAGAAUACCAGUAAGUAAUAGGGAAUUAGAAUAAAACUUCAAUCAUUAUCAUCCUUGCUUUAAUUUAGAUACACACCAAAUCAAUGGUAAGUAUAUUCAAACAAGAAAAAGAAACGAUUGAUUUUGAUUAACAAUUAAACGAGUCAUCGUACACUUAGUUUAGCAUGUUUCUUUUUUCUAUAGGACCUGGGGCAUUAUUAAUCUCCCGGUGGGUUAUUAUUCACUUUUGUUUCGUGUGGACUAUUCAGAUAUUGUCGACGGGUCCUAUGCUCUUGACAAUAUUGAAAUUACUUCAUGUGAUUAUCCAACAUCUUCAUUGACGCCGUAUGAUUCAUUUCUCUCAUUCUCUUGUAAUUUCGACAAUCAAACAAUGUGCGA